AUGCGCCUGCGCGGACACAGUGUGACGGGCGCCAACCGGAGGCGGCGAGGGUCCCGGCCCGGUCCAGCAAGUGCGACCGUCGUGUUUUCCGAUGGCCGGCGUUAUCGUUCUCCUGCAUCCCAAGGCUCACCGUUGCAAGAACACUUGCCAGCAUAUUCAAAAGCGGUGAAAUCGUAUGAAGCGUUGAUUCAAGAGAUUCGGGCGAAUUUGGAUAGCUCCCGUCAGGCUGCUCUCGAUUUCAGCCUCCAAGAUAUUCGACGUCUCGUGCCGCAACAGCCAAAGGAGGAGCAGUUGGCACUUGAUGAUGCAGAAGCCAAUGCGGAUGCUGGAAUAGCCGCGGCCCCCUCGCCGACAUAUGUCGGGAAAGCAAGUGACAUCCACUUUAUUCACAGCAUACGCCAAUGCGUCCACGGGCGCCGGGACGUGGCCGAGGGAGACACACCAACUCAGAAUUACAGCCAAACUCACGUCUUGGAGAACCCAACGAUUUUGAAGCACCCGUUAUUGUUUCCCUCGCCGGCUGAGGCAGACCAAUUUCUCGAUGUCUACCUGUCGACAAUUCAUAUUGCGUAUCCGUUCAUGCCAAAUUCUGUUCUUCUAGACGCAUUUCAGCGCUUCAAGAAAGGUGAAGUCCAUGAAGCAGAAUUUCGACCAUGGCUUGCAAUUUUUAAUUUCAUAUUUGCAAUUGGGUCAUACUACACUUCUUUUCCGCAUGGAAAGCACUCUAGUAUCGGCCAUCACUUGCGAUAUUACGACCAGGGCCUCUACUAUUCACGAGAACUCAGCGCGGAUUGCUCUCUACUGAGUGUCUGGGUCUUACUAGUGCAGUGCUUCUUCCUAUUAGCCGUCUGCCAUACUGAUAGAUGCUGGAACACGCUGGGUUUUGCCAUUCGGAUGGGGCAGAGCAUCGGCCUCCACGUAGAGACCUGCGCCUCCAACUUAUCGUGGAUGUCGGAUCCCAACCACAGGCAACGCACGUGGUAUUCCAUGCCAACGGCUAUCCACGAGGCCGACUUUCAGGUCGAGUUGCCCUCUGCGAAUGACCAGUCGCCAUUUCUCUCUCCCAACAACCAAACCUCCGUCCCUGGCGGUGAUUUAAGAAGUGGUGAUUUGAUGGAAUACUUCUUGGAAGUAAUCCGAUUCUCGCAUAUCGUCGGUUUGGUCAUCCAGGGCUUAUAUCGGCCGUCUCAGGUUGAUUUGUCCCCCGAAGAGAUGCUUCAGAGCGCCUCUAGCCUAGAUCAACGUUUAUUUGAAUGGAAAAUGAGUCUGCCCCGGCACUUGCGCUUUGAUUUGGGACAUGCCCUUGAAAAGAACAUCUCGUUCAAACGCCAGUCCUUCAUGAGUCUGCUCCUACGCGACAAGGAGCGAAUUACUGAAGCAGAGUGGAUCUGUGUCCAUGAAGCUCAGGAGACUGCCCAUCUCCUUCACAAUGUUGUGGACGAGCGAAGUCUAGUCCAUGACUUUCCCUGGUGGCAGAUGAUAUCAUGUUUGAUCUGUGCCAGCUCCAUAUUAUUUGUUGCGGAAUGUUUCCACAAUAAUUCCCCCAAUAUGGACGGAAAGGUUUCGGCUCAAAGGCUGCGAGAGGAUGCCGAGACCUGUCUCAAGGUUUUUGAAGCUCUUAGUGUCAACUCAGCUGCAGCGCAAAAGGCAGCCGACAUGUUAGGUGGGCUUUCACGGAUGCGUCGAUCAACAGAAGAUGUGGAAUCGGUCAAUGUACCGUCUGUGUUGCCACCUGCCAAUCUUCAAGCUGGUGUCGAGCCUGGACAUGCCGGCUUCCACCAUGCUCCAGAACCGAUCCCGUCCUUUCCAUCGCCGGAGAUGUCUGCCGCCCUAUCAUCUCUAUGUGAAUGGCCGAGUGAGAUCUCCAACACAAUGGAGUGGUCGGUCAGGUUCUUGGAUUAUCCUCACUUUCAUCCAUCUGAUCCUCCUGCCUCUGGUCGUGGUUUGCGCUAG